CUCAAGGAAGCCUUCGAAGAGUUUGGAUGUAAAAAAAAUUAAGUGCGGAAGACUUUUUUUCCCCAAAAAUUAUUGUUCUGUGUAUAAUUAAUUAAUCGUGUAAUAAGGAAAGUCGUAAUAAAUAAAACAUUGUUAAUCGUGUAAAAAUGUCUAUAGACGAAAAAUUGUGACGAAUUUUAUUUUUCGGACAGUGAUAAAAAAAACUUUACAAACUUGCUGUGAAUUUGUGCUUUAUUUAGCAAAUAAUUGUGUGAAAAAUGAAUUUCAUCAAGAAGUUAGCAAAGGAUCUGCAAAUCUCAAAACGACGACACAGUGCUCCGGUUCUUGUAGACGAACCUCACAAAUACAAGGAGGAGCAAUAUAAGCAGGCUCUUCAAGCAUUUACAGGCUGGAGAGCGGAGAACGUCGGUGGAAGUUCUCAGAGUCAAAUGGAGAAGAUUAAUGAAGAGGAAGGACAUGAAUUGCUCAAAGGAUCAUCAUCGAGUGGGGAAAAAUCUUCACCAACCUAUGCGGACAUUGAGGAGAAUGAUGGGGAGGAUCACAGUCCUCCAGAGGGAUUCUUCCGUACGAAUUCUAUCCCUGAUCUUGCUAAAUCCCCACAGAAGAGCACCGCAAUUGGUCAGAGGAAGACAUCAAAGCGUUCGCACAAUAAGGGCCCAGCUCCGGCACCGCCAAUAUUUGCAUUCAAUAGAAAUGCCCAACUGACGAGAAAUAAGAAAACCUCCAAUAUUACCAAGAGUUGCUUCCAGCCAAUGAGUAGCGAAAUGGAGGGAGAAGAUACUGAUCGGAGUGGAUGCUACAAGAGAUAUCAUCUUGACUCCUUGACAGGGGAUGAGGGUAUUCAUAAUGAAGGAAUGAUUAUGUCACAAAAGAAUUAUCCUCCGCCUCAUCUUGUUGAUCUUCCGGACGAGGAGGAAGAAGCACCAGUCUUUAGUCCACGAAAUGAUGUCAAGAAACCACCCCGAAAGGCCCAAAGGGCUGAUAAGAUCAUCAAGAAAUCCCCGAAAAUUUCAUCAGUGAAAUCACCAAGAUCUGCAGAAUUCAAUGAAGUCAUCGACGAGGGAUUCCAGUUCCUCCAGGACAACUAUGGGAAUCUCAUUGAUACCACCGUUGAGGGAAGUCAAGCUGGUGUCAGGUCAAAUGUUCCCGUGACUGAUCUAGAUAAAUCCGAUCCUCCUAGCUUGAAUGAGGAAGAUGAUAUCCGCAGAGCUUUAUCGCUAUUCCUCGUGGAUGCCAUCGAUGCGUAUGACGAAAGAGCCAACAAGGAGAAGAUUUGGGGGCAACAAACGAUGGAUGCAUCAGUUUUCGAUCCCUUUUACACGCGCUUCCAGGAUUUCUAUCGCACGCAGAAUGUGAUUGUGUGCUGGCCAAAUGAGGUGACGUACCAGAAGGGUUCUCCCAGGAGCACAAUGAUCACCCCAUUGGACUUUGGAAGGGGGUCUUUCCGCAAUACGCGAGUUGCAGUGCGAAAGUACACGAUUGGGGAACAUCAGGAGUUUGAAUAUGCCGAAAUGGCGUCACGAAGGGACUUUGAGAUUCUCAACUAUUUACGCCACCCAGAUGUGGCUGUUUUAAUGGCAGUUAAACUCGAUCGUCAGCUCAAUCAGAUAAGCCUCAUUAUGGAGUCAUUUGAUUUCACAUUGAAUUACUACCUGUACAAGUACAAUCGCGACUUUCCCGUGGCCGAAACAAUCUUAAUUGUGCAGCAAUUGGCCUCAGCUGUGGAAUAUUUGCACGAAAGUGGUUACAUCCAUUCAAAUAUCUCAAGUCAUGCCGUUAUGAUGCGCCUUCAUCCGGUCUCUGUGAAGCUAUCUUGCUUUGAAUUGACAACGAGCGCAAACUACGAGAUAAAGAAGCAAAUGGACAAUCGCUAUGGCUGCAGGAUGUUUGGAAAGGCCCCAAAGAGAGUACCAAAGACUGAGCCCCCAGUUGAGAGGGAGAAAUAUAUCAAAUUGUCACGACAAAUUCUCAGUCCCAAAGUCACACCAAAGGUGUUGAAUCCGAAAAUUGAUAAUGUUAGUCUCAAAUUUCAACCGUACUUUCUGCACUUCAGGCAGACAUUUUCCCUCCACUACUACCAAGCACCUGAACUCGUAAAGACAAAUACCCUGUACGUUGUACCACGCAAAGAGAGUGACGUUUACUCCCUCACCGUCCUCCUGUGGGAGAUGCUGAACAAAUGCGUGCCAUACGUAUCGUAUGCGUAUGAAGAAUUGGAAGCUAUUCACACCUCUAGAAUGAGGGCAUCUGCCAAGGAGGCAAGGAAGAAGUCUUUCAUUGGCCUGGGGACAACUAUUGAUGAGGAGAGAUGCAAAUUCUUCGAUGAAAUCUUCCCGCUUGGCCUUAUGCCACGACCAGAAGAUCGCCAGCAGUUCCACUUGGCCCAUUUCAUCUCUCUCCUCGAGGAACUUCAGCAACUUGUGGAGGAACAGAAAGCACGCAACGAAUCUCGCAAUGAAACACCAGCGAAAACUCCCCAAAUACCUCCAGAAGAAAAUCCAAAUCUUACUACUCAGCAGGAAGUUAAAGAGAAGGUGAUUACAAAGACGCCGUUAAAGGCGACUGUUCGUGACAUCUUCGACGAAGUUUCUCUGGAAAGCUUUGAACAGAGUGAAAUUGGGGAUGAAAAUAAGGGUGCAUCCCCCGAGGUGGAGAGAGCAGAAAGUUGUGUUGAUGAACUUCUGCAUGGGGACUUUAAUGAGAAGGUUCAGAGGAAGAAUAGUCAGAGGACUAAUGGAGAAUUGAGCGAUGCCCUAUCAUUUGUAUCUCUGGGUAAAGUGAAAGGAGGAAGCUUGAAGGAUGGGAGUGAGAGGAAGAAACGUUCAUCAAUUAUUUCCCAGCUGUAUGAGGAGAAGCCCAAUGAUCCGUUCUUCAAUCUUUCCCAAUCAACAAUUUUUGCCAGUAAUGGGGAUUUCCACAACAAACUCCUCGAGACUGCCAAGACGGGUGAUCGUUUAGAGAGGACAAGCACGACGAAGAAGAAGAAAUCACGCGUAAUUGAGAGAGCAAUUAAUAUUUUCGGUGGUAAUGGGGAGCCCAUCAAGUCCCGAAGGAAUUUGAAUGCAAAACUCAAUGACACGGGAGAUUCUGGGAAAGUAGAUGAUUUGCCAAAAAUGGAGCAAUCUCAUAAAAUGGAAGAUUCCACGAAAGAUGAAAGUGCCCAAAAGAGCAUGGAACUGCAAAAGAAUACGUCCAUGUCAUUUGUGGAGAGAGCUAAAGCAAGGCUGGAGAAAUGCUUCCUCAAUGGGAGUAAGAAUUGUUCCUCCGAAGAAGAUCUCCUUGCUGCAACGGAGAGAUGUGAUAAGCCACAAGAGAGGAAAACUUCAACGAUCUCCUUGAAAUUGGAUAAUUAUUCGGAGAAUGGACAAAAAAUUGAAUCAUCAACCCCGGAAGCUGAAAAAUCCAAUGAUAACAGCCAGAAGGAGGAUUCCGGAAGGCUCUUCUCACCCAGCAAGUAUUCCUUCAGCGUGGGACAGUGUGGGCUACCAAAUGGCCCAAUUGCGAGAAAGAAUAAACUACGACGCUACGCUUGGUUGUCGGAGAAGAAGCCAGCUUUAUCUCCAAAUGGCAGCUCAUUCAACUUCCUAUCCGAUGAUUCUGGGGCAAAGGAUGCAAUUGCUCUUCCGCAAACAUUUAAAUUCUCAUCCAAAUCCGAUGAGGAAGGUGAGAAUGCAUUCAAGGCUGAACUUGUGGAGGAAGAGAAUGAAAGACGUGGCAGUACGUGCAAUAUUUCACUGAACAACUCCUUCCGGGAGGGGAAGAUGAACAUAAAUCUCAAAGUGAAGCACAACAAUCAGGAGAUCUUUAGCAAUUCCUUCACGAGUGAAGAUGACGUCGAUGCGGAUAUAAGUCAAAAGAUAAGCCAAAUUAAAUUGGAUAUGAUGAAGGAUCCAAAAAUGCGUGGGCAAAAUGGAUUGAAGCCCAAGAUUGAGAUAAAAAUGAUUGGACAUCGUGGUGGGGAAUCGUGUGAGAUUCAACGGGAAAUUCUUGAUUUAUCGGCCCAAAUUGUUGAUCAUUUUGACAAUCAGCAUCUCGAUGAGACACAGGAGAAAAGUUCGUUCGAGCGAGACUCCCGUCGGAUGAUGAUUGUACGUCCGGAGGAACUCCAUUCGGCACUUUGUAAGCAACGGGAGGCAGCACGUGAGGAGUCGCUGACACGCUUUGAGAAUUCCUUGUGGCGCCGUGAGAAGUCUCUGUGCGAGAAGACAUCGUACAAUGGGAGCCUGCCGUCCGAUGUGGAGGAUCAGGAGAAUUGUUCUGGGAUUGCGAAUAGCCCACGGCUGUCUAGUGGUGAGGGGUCGACUGACACUGAAGACAUUUACAUUGAUGAUGACCAAUUGUGGCCAACUGUUAGUGUCAACAUUAACCUUGAUCUUAUUUAAUGAAAUCACCCACCCCCAUCUCUAUACGUUGAGGGGCUCCUCUCUCUUGCUCAUCAUCCUGUACCCUUUUACAUACUUUUCUGUGCUAAUAAGUUUACUGAACUUAAAAUUUUUCUUUUUUUUUUCAUCUAACAUUGAGGUCUUUUUUUCUCAUUCUCUCAUUAUUGUGUGCCUUUUUGUGUAGUAAAUAGAUGCAAUAAUAAAAAAAAAACGAAGUACAAGAAUAGAUAUUAGAUCUCUGUAAAACGUUAUAAACGUCGCUCUUACGUCCUUGUUUUAGUUUUAAGAGAAAUUUGAUAUGAAAUUAACAAUGUUCUUUAAUUGUCGAAAUCCCUUGCACAAGAAGAUAAAUUCAAGGGGCAAUUAACUAGCUGAAGAAUAUGUAGAUUUUAAUAAUAUGGACUGUUUGGCGAAAAUAAAACUGAUUCUAUUCGAAAAAAUAAA